UGAUAUGAUAAAAGGAGGGCAGCGCCAGAUGAGGUAUAGGCUGAAAAGGAAGUACUUCACCGGGGUUCCUGCAAAUCAAGUGAGGACUACAUCGCCUGUUCCAUGUAUGACUGAUGACCAAUGGAAAGAUUUGGUACAAAUGUGGUCUACCCCAAACCACAAGAACAAUUGUGUCAAGAACAAACUUAAUCGUGAGAAGGUGCAAUUUCCACAGUGCACAGGAUCUCAAUCCUACAUUGCAAAAUCCUAUGUAGUGAGGCAAGAAAAAUAUAAAGAUAUGGAACCUAGUGCAAUUGAUCUUUUCAAGGAGAUGCAUUGCAGCAAGAAGAAAGGAUUUAGUGAGGCCGUUCAGAAAGCUAUAGGUGAUAUGGAAGCAAUGGUGGCAACACCAGUUGAAGAUGGACAGCAUGUGCUGUCUUCGACAGAAGUUGUUUCCAAUGUGCUACCGGGUUCAAGUAAAUUUCUUCACAAUGCUGGCCUUUUACCUGCCUCCAAGAGAAGCAAUACAAGGACUAUCUCGACAAGGAUGCAAGAGCUUCAGACUCAAUUGGACACUGAGAGGCAAGAAAAAAAUGGAUUUCGAGAAGAAAUGGAAACCUUAAAGGCCCAGUCACAAGCAUCUGAGGCAACCAUUGCUAAUCAAUCGACUGAGAUUGCAGAUUUGAAGAAGUCCUUAUCAGAAAAUAACAGUCUCCUUCGACAAAUAUUAAGCAUCAAUCGUGGCCAGAUGACUCCUCCUUAAGUAUGCUUGCUAGGGUGUUGGUGUCAACCAUCUUGAAGAUCCAUCUCACAAAACUUUAGACCUCAUUUUAUCCUUAUGCUUGCUGUAGAAAUUAAUAGGAACUACAACUUGUUCUAUUGUUCACUUGUUAUAGAGGAUUAUGAAUCAUGUUUAAUGUUAAAAGCUUAUGUGUUGGAUGCAUUAUGCUUGAAAUAUAUGUGGAUAUUGUUA